UACUGAUAUUUGGUAUGUUUGCAUGUUCAUGUUCUUUGACCCUUCACUAGGCGUUUGCCCAGUGCUCUGCAGCCAACGUGGAGAGUACAUCAAUGGAGAAUGCCAAUGCAAUCCAGGCUGGAAAGGCAAGGAAUGCCAACUGAGACACGAUGAAUGCGAAGUGCCAGAUUGCAACGGGCAUGGACAUUGCGCGAAUGGCAAAUGCAACUGCAUCAGGGGGUACAAGGGGAAGUUUUGCGAAGAGGCCGAUUGUCCGCACCCAACUUGCUCCGGCCACGGCUACUGCCUGGAGGGUUCCUGCAUCUGCAAGAAGGGCUGGAAGGGCGCAGAUUGCGCCCAAAUGGACAAAGAGGCGCUCCAAUGUCUUCCAGACUGUUCCGGACAUGGAUCGUUCGACUUGGAUUCGCAGACGUGUACGUGCGAGCCCAGAUGGUCCGGCGAUGACUGUUCUAAAGAACUUUGCGACUUGGAUUGCGGCAAUCACGGCCAUUGCGUAUCGGAAGCAUGCCAAUGCAGCCGGGGAUGGUCGGGCGAGUAUUGCAACUUGAAGCAAUGCGAUCCGAGAUGCAACGAGCAUGGACAGUGCAAGAAUGGGACAUGCUUGUGCGUGACGGGCUGGAAUGGGAAGCAUUGCACGAUUGAAGGUUGCCCCAACAGCUGUUCCGCCCAUGGGCAAUGCCGGUUUAAUGGGGACGGGAUGUGGGAGUGUCGCUGCGAAAAUGGUUGGGACGGACCGGAUUGUAGCAUUUUGUUGGAACAGAACUGCAAUGAUGGUCGAGAUAAUGAUAAAGAUGGUCUUUCGGAUUGCGAGGAUCCGGAGUGCUGUUCAAGUGCUCCUUGCAAAAGUAGUCAGUUGUGUGUUUCGUCGCCCAAACCGAUUGAUAUUCUGCUUAGGAAGCAACCGCCAGCGAUCACUGCUUCGUUCUUUGAAAGAAUGAAGUUCCUGAUCGAUGAGGGCAGCUUGCAGAACUACGCCAGACAAGAGACCUUUAACGAAAGUGUCUUUUGGAACCACUUCAACACGAGCCGUUCAGCUGUAGUACGGGGUCGCGUCGUCACGCAAAUGGGCACUGGAUUGAUGGGAGUUCGUGUUAGUACCAGCACACCUUUGGAAGGAUUCACCCUCACUCGAGACGACGGUUGGUUCGAUCUUCUAGUGAAUGGAGGAGGCGCGGUCACGCUCCAGUUCGGCCGAUCACCAUUCCGACCUCAAAGUGAUAUAGUGUUUAUACCGUGGAACGAAGUGGUUAUCAUCGAUAAUGUGGUCAUGAGCCUGGGCGAAGAAAAGGCCGUAUCGGUCAUUCCGCAACCUUGUGUUCCCCAUGAUUAUGAUAUAAUGAAGCCUGUAGUGCUGGCUACCUGGAAACAUGGCUUUCAAGGCGCUUGUCCAGAGAAAAGUGCUAUUUUGGCCGAAUCCCAAGUCGUGCAAGAGAGUCUAGGUAAGUGAAUAUCAACUAAGCUUUAUUUUUUAAAUUAGCUAUUCUAGUUUAUUGACUGUAUUCGAGUAAACGUUAGGAACUUUUUGUAACACCUCUGGUUAGGGAUGAUUCGAUACAAGAAAAUACAAGUAGGUAUUCGAUACUUUUGUUUCGAUACCGAGUGCUUUGGUAAUUGAAUCGUUCUUUCGAUUUUUCUGAAAGUACUCGUAUCGCAUCGUCGUAAAUAAUCAAAUUAUCAAAACUGUAAACCUACUUUCACAGUCAAGACUGUUGUCAAUCGUCUUAACUGAACUGAAAAUAGUGAAAAUUGAUAAACAUCAUUAAACGUGAGUUAUGCCACCCUUACUGACCCAGCCUGACUUUUAUAUGGUACCUUAUUACGACUAGAUCAAUAUGCGUUAUGACACCCUUACGUGAAGUGCCUCCUCUUAGACAGGGAUUAUUCGAUAUUAUUAUUAUUCGAUUAUUACAAGUAAAUACAAGUAGGACUUCCAUUCUUUUGAUUUCGAUACCGAGUACUUUGGUAAUUGAUUCGUUCUUUCGUAACAAAUACUUGGUAUCGAAUUAUCAAAAGUGUAAACACUGCCCAAAGUCACAGAACAUAUAUUUAUGAAGAUAUAGGAUAUUUUGUGAAGUCUAUUGAAGAACUUGAG